AUGCCUAAUUAUGUUAUUACCACCAAAGCAUAUUUAAAAAUAAUUCUUCAUGCUUGUAAACAUCCGUUUACAAGUGUAAAUGGAAUUCUUCUAGCCCAAGAUGAUGCUUCCGACGACAAUAAUAGUGAUGUUAAAAUAAUAAUUGUCGAUGUUGUUCCUUUAUUUCAUCAUUGGGUUACUUUAACACCGAAGUUGGAGGUUGGAUUACAGCAGGUUUCCGUUUACGCUAAUAGAAAGGGACUUAAAAUGGCUGGUUAUUACCAUGCUAACGAAAGAGCUGACGAAAAUAAAUUGCCUCCUUUUGGCCAAAAAAUUGCAUCAAAAAUUCAAGAUAAUUUUCAUAAUUCAAUCGCUCUUGUGGUUCAGAAUACAAAAUUAUCACCUGAUAAUCCAGAGAUUGCAAUCGUGCCUUAUAUUUUUAAAGAUAAUCAAUGGCGCCCUGAUAAUAAAGCAUUUUCUGAUCCUCUAUCCCCCUUCACUCUUGAAAAUCCAAAUAUACCUAGCAUAACUUCUCAAUCAAUUUUUAAAAGGGAUUUCGAAGUUAUAUAUGACUUUGAUGAACAUCUAGAAAAUAUAGAAUUGGAUUGGUUGGAUAACACCAAACUAAUUGAAUUGGCGCUUGAAAACAAAAAAAGAGCCUAA